AUGGCUCCAUCGUCUUCAGAUGCACCCUGUUCUUCUUCCCCAGGCUUAAUUCAGCCGACUGUUCAUUGCUGGUCUUUGGGUAAGACGAAAGCUUUAAAACGAGUCUUUGGCUCGGCUGAUUUGACCGAUUCUUUAGCCACUUCUAAUCCAUUCUCCAGUCAAACUAAGACGGCUGUGUGUCUUCCUUACGUCUCUUGUGAUCUUUGGCUUAGAUCGUCAACUCAGCGCACACAAAUCCUCUAUCGGGCUGAUGUGGCCUCAAUUCUUUACUAUCUGGACAUUCGGGCAGGUGAGACAGUUUUAGAGUCGGGAACGGGUACGCUUGGCCUUACUUAUGCGCUGAGUGGCUUAGUUGGCGCUCAUGGCCAGGUGCAUACGGUUGAGUGUCAUCCCGAAAGGUAUGUGGCCGCUCAACAAGAGAUUCAGCUAGCCGGUCUCAGUAACACCACAAUUUAUCACAGUACUAUUAAUGAGUUCCUUAUACAGAAUAGCACCAACUCUGGGCCCACUCAAGUCCGACCACAUAAAAUCAUCUUGGAUAUUCCCGAGCCCGAAGAAGUACUCAAUACUGCUUUCGCCCAACUACCUGAUAACGGCCGUCUCGGCUGUUUCAUUCCUUGCAUUGAGCAGAUCCAAAGAGUUAUCAAACAGGCCAGUACUCUCCCAGACGUCCAAAUCCUCCAAAUGAUAGAAAGUGUUGAAAUCCUCCAUAAACCCGCCAAGAUCUCCGCCACGGCCUACGGCACCGUUCCCGCCUGCCCCAGCAAAGGUCAUACUGGCUAUCUAAUCUUCUUCAGCAAACUACCCAAUACCAAUACCAAUACCAACUCAGCAACGGCCAACUAA